AGAUUAAACACCACAUCGAUCUUUUCGUGUUACUUCACAUCGCCGUCUCUCUCUCUCACACUAGAGUUAUCCUCUCUUCACCUUUCUUGCAGCGCUUCUCUGUUUCUGCCCUACAUCGCGAAACCUUUUCGAUUAAAAAUAAAAGUAAAGAAAAGAAAAAGGGAAAACAAUGUCUUCCGUGUCGAACAAGUUUCUCGUGGCCGUGCUCGCUGUGCUCGUGCUGGUGGCGUCCAUCGCCGCAGCACAGGGCUCGGGCUGCCAGGUACCCAACUGCGACGCCUGCUCCCCCACAAGCGAGUUUCAGUGCGCGAGGUGCGCGGCCGGCUACAUCAUGAACGGCGGCCAAUGCUCCCCUGCGACGUACUGCGGCGUCACGAACUGCAUCGCGUGCGUGAGUGCGAACCCUAACCGGUGCGCGACGUGCGAGAAGGGCUACAUGAUUACGAGCAGCGGUCUGUGCGCCGCGAGGCGGAGGAACGCUGCCGCGGCCCCGACUACUGCCAUGUGGACCGCCGCCGCUGCCGCCGCCGUUGCCGUUGUGUACGCGCUGUGA